UGUGUGGCCUAGAAACGAAAAAAAAAACAAGAAACAGGCCCUACGGCCCACAGAAAAAAGAAAACUUUAGCAGGCCAAGCAAAAGAAAAACAAACAACAAGGCCCGUGGUCCAUUGCUGAAAAAAGAGGAAGUGGCCCAAGCCCAAAAACAUCGCUACGCACGCCUGCAUCAACACGCGCGUGCGCUAGGAUCGUUUUAUUUACUCAAAAUCAAAUGGCUGAUCCAACUCGACCUGAGUUUGACAUCUUGGACUCAGAAGGACUUGAGUACCAUCGUUGGGUUUCCGAUAUGGAAACUGCCUUUGUGGCAAAAGACUACACUGCCACCAUUACUGAUCCCAAAGAUGAUGAACUAUCUAACAAGGUGAAAGCAAAUGCCUUAAUGUUUCUUAGGCGACAUAUUGAUCCUAGCCUACGCUGGGAGUACCUUCAGUUGAAGACACCCAAAGAACUGUGGGAUGCCCUUAAGGGACGUUUUGGGAACAUUCAUGACACUUUGCUCCCAGAACUGGCUGUUCAGUGGAAUGGAAUCCGCUUGCUUGACUAUAAAAGGGUCAAUGACUUCAACAAGGACAUGUUGCGCCUACAGGCACGUCUCAAUUUCUGUGGAAGGGAAAUCACAGAAGAUGAUAUGAUCUACAAGACUCUUUCCACCUUUCCUACUUCAGCGCUUAUACUAGCGGACCAGUAUAGGCUGGAGUAUGACAACAAAAGAAUCACAACCUUCAAAAAGCUGAUCAGCCUACUGCAAGUGGCUGAGAGGCAAAAUGAGGAUCUCUUGCACAACAAUGCUAGGCCCACUGGGACAAAGAAAAUUCCCGAGGCUAAUUAUGGAAAAAUAAAAGGUGGAAAGAACUCCAAUGCAAAGAGGUUUGAACGUGCUGAUCCCUACCCACGUGGCAACAAUGCACCACGUGGAAAGGGACGUGGAGGUGAUGGAAACAAGGUGCAAAAGGCACCUAAGAACCCUUCAGUCAAACAGGAUAGAGUUGGCAAUGAACCAUGCUAUAGGUGUGGAAUCAUUGGGCAUUGGUACAAGAACUGCCAAGCAAGCAACAUAGUUGCAGCCACUUACAAGAGAUAUAGGGAGUCUAAAGAACAAGAAACUCACUAUAUGGAAGAAGGAGGCCAUGACCCAGAUGUCAACCUCACAAUUGCAGACCUCAAUGGCAACAAGGAACUUGCUCAGUCAAUGGAUGCACUAGAUUUUGAUUGACCUGCUUUAUCUAUUUAUUUUCCAAAGACAGAUAUGAAGGCAUAAUGCCUCAUUUUUAAUUAGACUAUUACUUGGUCUUAAAGUUUAUUUCAAUAAUGGUUUGAUGAAUUAGAUUUAUGAACAAAG